UUAGAACUAGAAUGCAUAUAAUAGAAAGCUUAAUUUGCGAAACAUUGUUGGCCAAAAUGGGUCAACAAACGACUAAAUUAUACAGAAAGAGCCAUCAAAUGUACAGUGCUUAUUGAUGAAAAAGAGAAUGUAGACAAAGACAAACCAUUUUCACACGUGGGAAAUAGAAUUCUAUAAUCUUUUCGUAUUCAAGCGCGUACGGUACUACCUAUAAAGAGACUGCAAAAUUUCUUACCUUUUAGCUUAUCGAAAAAAAAAAAAAAAAAAGCAAAGAAAAAAAGAUCUCCAUUAUCUUCUUCUCGGUCUCUUCUUCUUCUUCUUCUUCAACAAUUCUUCAUUAUCAUUUUGACAGGUGUCUGACCUUUAUCUUACUUGUCUUUCUUUAGAGAAAUGGAAAUCCCAUCGGCUAAAUGGUUAUCUGAAUUGGGAAUGGAGGAUGCGUCAUUUAACUACCAGUACCAAAUAAACACCCUUGAUUACUCAAUUGAUGAUGUUGAUUUUCAGUCUCCCUCUUCCAAAAGCUACUCAUUAAAUGACCAGAUCUUUAACCCUCAAAGUGUACAAAAUAUGAGCUGUGCACCCAGCAAUAUUGAUCAAAGGCCAGCAAAACAGCUAAAGACCAACAGCUGGAGAUCUUGCACCACUGACCAAAUCACUUCUUCAAAGGCUUCUCCUUCUUCAUCUUCUCAUAUUAUCUCUUUCGACAACUCGAAUUCAUCGCCAGCUACUUCUCCACACUUCUACGGCCUUGACUCAACUACUGUAAAGCCUAAGACUGAAAUAGGGCCUAAUGGAAAAGUGAACCAUGACCCCUCUAGUUUGUUUGGUCUGGGUUCCUUUGAGGAUCAAUAUGGUUCAACCUAUUAUAACCAGGGAACUAAGAAGGCCGGUGCAUCGACUAGGUCUCCUUUACACGCACAAGAUCAUGUGAUAGCAGAGAGAAAACGCCGCGAAAAGCUUAGCCAGCGAUUCAUAGCUCUUUCAGCAGUGGUUCCUGGCCUGAAAAAGAUGGACAAAGCGUCUGUUCUUGGAGAUGCUAUUAAGUACUUGAAGCAUUUACAAGAGCGCGUAAAGACACUAGAAGAACAAGCUGCCAAGAAAACUAUGGAAUCAGUUGUUUUCGUCAAGAAAUCACAAGUCUAUGCAGAUGAUGAUUCGUCCUCAAUUGAUGAGAACUUCGUUGGAAGUUGCGAUCACCCGCUCCCGGAAAUUGAAGCCAGAGUUUCAGACAAGGAUAUCCUCAUUAAAAUCCAUUGUGAAAAGCAGAAAGGUUGCUUACUCAAAAUACUAAGUGAAGUGGAAAGGCUUCAUUUAAAUGUCCUCAACAGCAGUAUCUUGCCCUUCGGGAAUUCCACCCUUGAUGUAACCAUUGUUGGCCAGAUGGAUGGUGAAUUCUCCAUGACAAUGAAGGAUCUCGUGAGAAACCUAAGACAAGCUCUGGAAUAGUAGCAGUAGUAGUAUAUAUAUAUAUGAUACACUACCUGCAAGAAUUUGAACAUUGAAAAGACCAAGUACGAUAACGAUCCUAUGAUAGCAUUAGCAGCAGCUUUUUAACUUUCCUACUGGUUUGAUGUUUCCAUAACCUCCUGAGAGAAACAUCGUUGUCUCUCAUUCUCUCUGUGUCUCUGUAUCAGUACUGCAGCGAGGUUUCCAUUUUUGCAGCAAAGGGUUUUGUUUUCAGGCAAACGGCUGUUUCGUUUUUUUCGAGUGGUUGACUCGUUGACCAUGUUUUAUAAAACACGUGCUGAAUAUGGAACCCGCAGUUUUUUUUUUCUCUAUUUCUUCUCUUUUUUAGAGGGUUGUAUUAUUUUUUUUAGAGGUUUCCUGUCUCUUUCCCUGUUGUAAUGUAACUUGUAGAGUUUUCCAAGACCGUUUGGUUGGUUUAUCUAAUUAAUCAAUUAAGGUUCAAUUUGCUUUUUUC